GCUCGGCACACGGUAGAGGUAUAGAGGCGACCCACGAGCCAGUGGCGGCGGCGGUGACCACGACGUCACGUUGCCGGCAAACAGUCGCCCACUACCCGGGUAACUUGUUUUGUUAGCUCCAGCCUGGAGCCAGCCAGCCUUGCUAUAUUUUUCCUCGUAACCCGUCGCCGCUCACCUUGUUUCCACAACCAUCCAUCGCAACAAGCACACCCACACUCAUCACUGCAGCAGAGAGAAACUACACACUUGUAUCCCUACCCACACCUACACAUCUAAUCACAAUGGCAUUCCCAAGGCCAAAGCCGACCACGGUCGAGACCAUGGCAAUGGAACGUGCCAACCCGCCGUUCAACAUCCGCAAGCUUGCCAUCAAGAUGCACGGCUCGGAGAAGAACCUCCUCCUCAAGGAGAAGUUCAUGGCCGAGCUCGCGCGCCACCCGGCAUUCGUGCUCUCGGACGUGCACGACCUGAGCAAGGACCAGAUCCGUGAGCGCACCAUGGAGAAGUUUGCGUCCAUGGUCUACUUUGUCACGCACGAGUCGAUCGACACGUUCACCAAGCGCAUGGAGCUCGUCGGUAUCGCCGACCCCGGAUUCUGGACGCGUUUUGGUGUCCACUACGGUCUCUUCCUUGGCGCCGUGCGCGGUGGUUCGACUCCCAACCAGCUCAGCUACUGGAUCGACAAGGGUGUGCUCGGCCUCAACGGCGUGAUUGGCUGCUUUGGCAUGACCGAGCUCGCCCACGGCUCCAACGUUGCCGGCCUCGAGACCACGGCCACCUUUGACAAGAGCUCUGACGAGUUUGUCAUCCACACGCCUCACCUCGGUGCCACCAAGUGGUGGAUCGGCGGUGCCGCGUCGACUGCCACCCACUGCUCCGUCUUUGCCCGACUGAUCGUUGACGGCAAGGACCACGGUGUCAAGACGUUUGUCGUCCAGCUCCGUGACACCAAGACCUUUGGCCUCCUCCCCGGCAUCACCAUUGGCGACAUUGGCAAGAAGAUGGGCCGUGACGGUAUCGACAACGGCUACAUCCAGUUCACCUUUGUCCGCAUCCCCCGCGCCCACAUGCUCAUGAAGCACACCCAAGUCUCGCGCGAUGGCGUCGUCACUGAGCCUCCUCUUGCCCAGCUCACCUACGGUGCGCUCCUCGGUGGCCGUACCGCCAUGGUUGCCGACUCGUCCAACACGACCAAGAAGGCGCUUACCAUUGCCGUGCGUUACGCCGCGGUGCGCCGCCAGUUUGGCAAGAACGACAAGGGCGUCGAGACGCAGAUUCUCGACUACCCCAUCCACCAGCGCCGUCUCAUCCCCCUCGUCGCUCAGUCGGUCGCCAUGGGCUUCACCGCCCUCAAGCUCACCGACAUGUACGAGGACAUGACGGCCGCUCUUGACCGUCUCGAGCCUUCCGACCCCAACCUCGAGGACAUUCUCGCCAAGCUCAAGGAGACCCACGCCACCUCGGCCGGCCUCAAGGCCUUCUGCACCUGGGCCUGUCUCGACACGAUUGAGAAGUGUCGCCAGUCUUGCGGUGGCCACGGCUACUCGGCCUACUCCAACCUCCCGGCCAUGCUCAACGACUUUGCCGUUCAGUGCACCUGGGAGGGUGACAACACUAUCCUUGCCCUCCAGGCUGGUCGUGCCCUCAUCGCUUCUGCCGCCGGUGCUGCCAAGGGCGAGAAGCUUGCCGCAGGCGUUGCCUACCUUGGUGACAAGAACGUCGCCACCAGCAAGUCGGACGGCUCCCUUUCGCUGGCCGACAUUUCCAACGGCUUCCACAACGUCGCCGCCAACGUCGUCCGCAAGGCUGCCACCGAGUACGCCGCGGCUCGCAAGGCGGGCAAGUCGAAGGAGGCUGCCAACGACGCGUGCUCGCAGGCGCGCUUUGUCGCCGCCAAGGUCCACACCACGGGAUACAUCUUCCACAUGUUCCGCGCCUACGUCGAGGAGCAGGAGGCCAGCCCCGAGACCGACGUCCUUGCCCAGCUCGCGCAGCUGUACGGUCUGUGGCAGGUCGAGGAGCUCCAGGGCCACUUCCUCCGCUACGGCUACUUCAACGGCGCGCAGCUCGACAAGGCUUCGGCCAAGGUCGACGAGCUCUGCUUCCAGCUCCGCCAGGUGGCCAUUCCCCUGGUCGACUCGUUUGCCCUUUCGGACCACAUUGUCAACUCGCCCCUUGGCAAGUGGGACGGCUCGGUCUACGAGUCAUACUUCAACCAGGUGCGCGCUGCCAACCCUCCUCCCAAGGAGCACCCGUACUUCAACCGCCUCAUCAAGCCUCUGCUCGAGCGCGAGACGGGCCACAUGGAGGACCCCGGAGCCGAGAUGGACCUCGACGACGAGCUGGCCGAGCUUGCCGAGGAGCGUGCCGCCGCGCUCAAGGAGGCCAAGCCUCUGGUUCACAAGGACGUGGAGUAGGGCGGCGUUUGAUCAAUCUUGCUUGUACUGUAACGUUGUUAAUCGUGUAGACGGAUGAACUAGAGUGCGCAGUCA